GAUCUACUUUGAUUUCAAGCGUGACACACUCUUGUUUGGCAACUUCACCAUGAAACAACACAUGGAUACUAUCUCCUUGGCCACCUUCAAGCUGCGUGUAACCGGGGACGGAGCUUUGGUCAAGAACCUGGCUAUCAAACUGGAGUUGAUGAACUAUUUGGGAUGGCAGCUCAGCAAGGACAAGAAGCAUCUCAUUCGCGAGGGUGAUGAUCCUAAAGAUGCCGAGUGCAUUCUCCUUCCCAACUUCAAGUUCCUUGAACAUCUAAGCAUCGUCGGUAGGGCUGACAAACAAAUGCAGAAGAAGCAUUUGGGAAUUCUGAAGAAAGCUGCUUCUCAGGUUCCAGGCUUUCAAAUGCCAGUGGUUGAUUACGUCGGCGGGAUUGUUGAAGAGCUCAAGGACAACGAUGAUGAUUCUAACCAAGAGUCCAAUGGAAAGCCCGACGAGAAGCCCGACGAGUCUGGCAAUUCUGACAAUUCUGACAAUUCUGGACAUGCUGGUGGUGGUGCGCACAGUAACACCGGUGGCAGUAAUGGAAAUGAAAACGGGGACUUUGAAGGCAAUGACGAGCAAGGUAACGAGGGACACCAAGGGGACAAUACCAACGAGGAAUCCGAGAAUGACAAGGAUACCCAAGAAUAUCAGGCCGCUAUCCAGCGUUCCAUCAACCAAGGACUCAUGGGUGUAAUUGAGGCUAUAAUCAAGGAAGAGGAGAGCAAUGAGGACGAUGUCGAGUAGGUUGUUACUGUUUUGAGGGUCAAGAUGUCUGCGGGGCAGUUGCUAAGCUGUCUGCUAUACCAGCCUGUUAGAGUUCGAUUUGUAGGAUAUUCUGGACCGUCUGAAGCUGCGCAAUUAGGAGUCAAGUGUACUACUUGACACAGGAAGUUGGUCAGCUAGUUAGUAC